UGACCAGCUAGGCAGCUAGACCCAUAUUCAGAAAGGUGCAAUGGAGUGGCUGCUAAGCUCAUAUUGGUUUUCCUUGCCUAAUUCUGGUGAUGAGUGUUGCAAAAUACUCCUUUACAAAUGUGCCUUUCCUGGAUGAUGUUGCCAAUAACAGUGAAAAAUGGUGGUUACAUACAUCAUAACUCUGUAGAUGGCUCUUCACAAACAGAACUUUUGGCUGUAUGGUCAUGGUCUAUAUUAUUCUAUUAAGGAUAUAGUCAAGAUUACGAUUAUACAUAUGGUUAGUAAUCAUUGGAACUAAAGGUUUUAAUAUGAAAUGCUUUGGUUAGUAAACAUGGUACUAAUGGAUGCUUCUAUUGGAGAAUACUUCAAAUACCAAACAGUACGCGUAUAAACUUCUGCCAUUUAUUGGAGAAAAAUCUUCUACAGAAGAUGCUGCUCAUUUCUGGUUGCAACUGGUGAACCCCACCCCCUCUCUUCAGAGGCACACAAAGAUUUGGUGUGCUGGGUAGUGUCAGGUGGCAUUUCUUUAUGAAUAUGAUGGAGUUCUCCACUUCUCCUUUAGGCCUUAUUUGAUCCGUGCAAGUUUCUUCAUGCUUUGAAAUCCAGGAUGGAUGGUUGCCAAGUUGGGCGGUUGAUUGGUAGGGAAGAGAAUGACAGGGAGCUCAUCUUCUACAUGCUUAUGGAACUGCAGAUUUGAUGGAGAGGAUAGCAACCUAGAAUCAUACACACACACACACACACACACACACAUAUAUACCCAGACGCCCAGUGGAAUAUGAAGUUGCAAGCUUUUGUGGCUUGUAAGUACCAAGCAUCACAGACCAACCAUAUACGGCAAAGAUGAGCUCCCUAAGAGGGCUUGGAAAUAUCGCCAGAAGAUGGAGAGAGCUCAAUGGUGUGAGUUACUGGAAGGGGUUACUUGAUCCUCUUGACGUUGAUCUCCGCAAUAACAUCAUCAACUAUGGUGAGCUUUCUCAGGCAGCCUACACGGGGUUAAACAGAGAGAGAAGAUCAAGGUACGCUGGGUCUUGCCUCUUCAGUCGCAAGGACUUCCUCAGCAGGGUGGAUGUAUCAAACCCAAAUCUGUAUGUCAUUACAAAGUUCAUAUAUGCAAUGUGUACUGUCAGUUUGCCUGAUGCAUUCAUGAUAAAGUCAUGGUCGAAGGCUGCAUGGAGCAAGCAGUCAAAUUGGAUGGGGUUUGUUGCGGUGGCCACAGAUGAAGGUAAAGAAGUGCUUGGGAGACGGGAUGUGGUGGUGGCAUGGCGUGGAACAAUACGGAUGGUAGAAUGGAUGGAUGACCUUGAUAUUUCCUUGGUACCUGCUUCAGAAAUAGUACGGCCAGGCAGUGCUGAUGACCCUUGUGUGCAUGGGGGGUGGCUGUCUGUGUACACGAGUGCCGAUCCAGAAUCUCAGUACAAUAAGCAGAGUGCAAGAUAUCAGGUCUUGAAUGAGAUCAAACGGCUCCAGGAUAUGUACGAGCAUGAGGAGACUAGCAUCACCAUAACAGGCCACAGCCUUGGGGCUGCACUUGCCACCAUCAAUGCCACUGACAUUGUCUCCAAUGGUUACAACAAGAGCUGUCCAGUGUCUGCCUUCGUCUUCGGUAGCCCAAGAGUGGGCAACCCUGAUUUUCAGAAAGCGUUCGACAGUGCUCCAGAUUUGAGAUUGCUCCGCAUUCGAAACUCUCCUGAUGUGGUUCCAAACUGGCCAAAACUAGGAUACAGCGAUGCUGGCACAGAGCUGAUGAUCGAUACAGGGAAGUCACCAUACCUGAAGGCCCCUGGGAAUCCCCUAACGUGGCAUGACAUGGAGUGCUACAUGCAUGGGGUUGCCGGGACGCAGGGGAGCAACGGAGGGUUCAAGCUGGAGAUUGAUCGAGACAUUGCUUUGGUUAACAAACACGAAGACGCACUGAAGAAUGAGUAUGCAAUUCCAUCGUCUUGGUGGGUGGUGCAGAACAAAGGUAUGGUGAAAGGCACGGAUGGUCGGUGGCAUUUGGCCGACCAUGAGGAUGAUGACUGAUGCACCCAGGCAUCUCCUCUUGAUGCCUGAUUCAACCGACAGCUCAAAACUAAGACUCUGAAAACAGGGGAUACUUUCAUGUGUUCGUUAUUGCUCGACAAUGAAGUAAUGCAUAUGUUUGGAAUCAUUUUGUUUUUAACAUUUUUCAGUUCAUUGUGUUUUACUUAAUGUUAUCUGUAAUAAGUUAUCAAAAUUGCCCGCUGAAAAAUGAAUUAUCAGAAUUGUUAAGUUGUGACGUUUCUGACAA